AAAUCUUUUGAUGACCAUGAAUCAAAAAGGCUACACCAAGUACAACGAUGGAAAUCUGCCUUUGCUGAAGUCGGUAAAUUAAAAGGGUGGCAUAUAGGAGGAGGCAAAUCCGACAGAUCUAUCGAACAAGUUUGUGGAAUACGCCCAAGGCAAUCCACUUGCUCUUAAAGUUUUGGGUUCUAAACUGUACACAAAGUCUCAAAGAGAGUGGGAAGACGAGGUGACUAAACUAAAGGGAUAUGCUGAACCAAAAUUUUCACAGAUUUUGAAGAGUAGCUUUGAUGGGCUAGAUGAGCUAGAAAAGAAUAUAUUCCUUGAUAUUGCAAUCUUCUUUAAAGGGGAACCCAAGAAAGAUGUAGAAGAAAUUCUUAAUUGUUGUUAUAAGGUUGCAGUGAGUGGAAUAAACAACUUGGUAGAUAAAUGCCUACUUAACACCUUGCAUUCUUAUUAUAUUACAAUGCAUGAUAUGCUGGAAGAGAUGGGAAAGGACAUUGUUCGUCGAGAAUCUAAAGAUCCUGGACAACGUAGUAGGUUAUGGAUUUCUAAAGAUGUGUAUCAAGUACUCAAAUAUAAUAAAGGGACUGAUCUCAUUGAAGGAAUAAAGUUAGACGUGACUCAAAUUGAUAACCUACAGUUAUAUUCUACCAUUUUUGAGAAGAUGCAUAAUCUUAAAUAUAUUAUCUUUGGUGUUCCUCAACAUAUGAGAGACUGUUGGAAUGAGAAACUACUUGUAGAUGGAGUUGAUAAUGUAUCUCUUCCAGACGAGCUAAGGUAUCUUUGUUGGGAGUUUUGCCCUUUCAAGUCUUUACCGUUAAGAUUUAAUCCAAAGUAUCUUGUGGUGUUGAAAUUACAACGUGGCAACAUGGAGCAACUUUGGAAUGAAGAUGAUCAUCUGGAUCUUGUUAAUUUAAGGGAACUUGACCUUCUAUAUUGCAAGAAAUUGAGGAAGAUCCCUAGUCUAGUAAGAGCCAUCAACCUUAAAAAGCUUGACCUUCAAGGGUGCGAAAGUUUGAUUGAACUUCCUUGCCUAAAUCAUUUGUCAUCUCUUAAUUGGCAGUGGUUUAAGCUUGAGGAAUGUUAUAGUCUUAGCAAGUUUCCAGAGCUCCCAAAUAAUUUUGUUUAUUUAAAAUUAGAAAAAACUGGAAUUGAAGAAGUGCCUGAUUCAAUUGAGCAUCUUGUGGAACUUGCAACAUUGUUUUUGAAGAACUCAAGGGUCAAAUAUGUAUCAAGCAAUAUCUCAAAGUUGAAAUUCCUCCAUUGGCUGGAUCUUAGUCAUUGUCCAGUCACCGAAUUCCCAGAAAUCCCAAGAAGCUUAACAGAAUUAGACUUAUCUGGGACUCAAAUUACAGAGGUGACCUUGUCUUUCUAUUCUUUACGUAAUCUUCGGUACUUGCAUAUGAGCAGCUCGAGUAUUCAAAAGCUACAAUGCAAUGUCUCCCUCUCUGGUUCUAUAGCAGUUGAUGUGUCCUCGCCAAUAUUAAGAUGUAAAAGCCUUGGAUCUUUGGCAGUGGAUCAUUGUGAGAUUCUUAAAUUACUCUCCGAGCUUCCACCAUAUCUAUGGUUAUUGGAUGCACAUGGCUGCUCAUUAUUAGAAAAUGUAUCCUUCAUGGAUCAAAAUUUAUAUCAAUACCAUUCUUCAAGUGAUGAUGAUGACGACGAUGAUGGUGGUGGUUAUGGUGUGUUUUUCAUGUUAUUCUCUAAUUGUUUCAGUUUGAAUCAGGAUUCAGUUGAUAACAUUGAGUCAAAUGCCAUGCUUAAUAUUGGAUCCCUAGCAGAGAAAUGGGCAUUCAGUUAUGAUUUGGACUUCCCGCCAGAAUGCGUACCGAGCUUGAUUUGUUGUUUCCCUGGAAACAAAAUAUCGUCAAAUAAGUUCGAAUAUCAGAGCUUGAAUUCUUCGAUAAAUUUGGAGAUAGCCCCUAAUAGUAGUAGGAACAGAUUUUUGGGCUUUGCUGUCUGCUUGGUGGCCGAUCUCACUCCCUGCCAUGACUUCUUUACUCUUAAAUACUUUUGUGAAUACGAACUGACUGCAGCUGGUGGUUGUGGUUAUGAAAAUUUCGAAACUGGGUUAUAUUACUUGAGAGAAUCUCAGCCGGAUCGGAAGUGCACGGGUGAUCACGUGUUGAUUCUAUCUAGUAUCGAAAUGUUUAUGGAAAACAAGGAUUUUGAAGAGGCAUCAUUUGAAUUCUACAUCAUAAGCUACAAGUUCAGUGCGGAUGAAGAAACUGAAACCAAUUAUAUAAAAGUGAAGAAAUGUGGUGUUCAUGUAUUUUACGUGGACGCAGAGAGUGAUACCUAUAGUGAAGAUGCUAAUACUGAGGAAGACGUUGUUGAAUCCACUGAAAGUUUCGACUCUGAUGAGAUGAGCAAUGAUGAAUCCAACAGGAAUUUGGAGUCCCAAGAAGAUGCAAAUGUUGAGGAAGUCCAUGCUGGUGAUUCUACAGAAACGAGACACGGGGACAAAAGAAGAUUUAUCGAUGAUGGUGAUGAAGGAGAUGCAGAGCCUAAGAGAUUGAAAUAGUUUUAUUUCUUUAGAUCUUUGGGUCUGCUUUUGAGAAUAUACAACUACUGAAUAAUGUCAUCCAUAUGGAUAGCUGAGUGGGUUUCAUUUCGUU